AGUGUUCAUGUUUAGUUCAAUGCAGACCGAGUCGAGUGCAUGUUAGUGUCGCAUUAUGUCAUUGGUAUGGUUUUGGUCGGGUUCGGCCUGCAAGUCGACCGGAUUCGGUGUCCAGUGACUGGGUGAUGUGAUGUGGUAGUAUGCCCGAAAAGGAGGCGGAUUUCCAGGCCGCGAUGUCGGCAGGUCUUCCGAUGCAGUUUCCCUCGGCUUUCGCGGCUUUUCAUGCUCCUUUGCCGGUGGAUCAGAGAACUCAUGACGGAAGAUACGUGUGGGACCACAGGAUGCAGCCUCCCGGUGGGGCUUUUCAUCCUCCUGCGCCGUCAAGUGUUGGUGGUACUCCAGGAGGCCUGCUUCUUGGAAGGGAACUUCAUCCUGCUUACCGAUUGCCUCCCCACAUGGAGUACCUUUAUUCUCUUCAACAUUCCACCAGCAACUCCAUUCAUGGGCUGGGUUUGAGUCCAGAAUACCUGAGCGCGAGGGGGUUGACUGAUCUACAUCCCUCUUCCACCCUAGCUAGUUCAGAGUUCCCGUUUAGUAUAGACGGUUCCCGGCUGAACAGCCCCAGACCGGCCAGCAUCCGGGCCUCCCGCAAACGCGCCCUCUCCUCCUCCCCCUACUCCGACUCCUUCGACAUCAACUCCAUGAUCCGCUUCUCCCCCAACUCGCUGGCCUCCAUCGUGAACGGUUCGCGGUCGUCGAGCGCGAGCGGCUCGUACGGCCACCUGUCGGCAGGCGCGCUGAGUCCGGCCCUGGGCAUGCACCCCAUGCACCUGCAGCACCUGCAGGCGCAUCUGAUGCGGGGCGCGGGGUCGCUGCUGCCGCUGCCGCCUCCUGCUGCGGGGCCGCCCCCACACGUGAUGUACUCGCUGGGGCAUCGGCCGGUGCACGUAGGUCAUAGCAUUUCCAAGACUGAUAUUUUAAGUGACAGAAAAAAGUCUGAAACAAGUACAAUAACGCAACUCGAUGUCGAUUCGACCGUAUCGAGAAAAUCGAAGGUGAAAAAAGAGCCCACCCUGAAUUCCUGUGGGCCACAUGACGCCCACAACGACGCCACUGAUCUCAAGGACGAACCCGGAGACUUCAUAGAGACCAACUGUCAUUGGAAAGACUGCACCACUGAGUUCGCCACUCAAGAAGAAUUAGUCAAGCACAUCAACAAUGACCACAUACAUGCGAACAAGAAAUCAUUUGUUUGUCGAUGGGAGGGAUGUUCCAGGGCUGAAAAACCGUUCAAGGCUCAAUACAUGUUGGUGGUUCACAUGAGGAGACAUACGGGAGAGAAACCACAUAAAUGCACGUUCGAGGGUUGUGCCAAAGCUUAUUCGAGACUGGAAAACCUCAAAACUCAUCUGAGGUCACACACUGGAGAAAAGCCGUAUACGUGCGAAUAUCCAGGCUGUGCAAAGGCUUUCAGCAACGCAUCAGAUAGGGCAAAACAUCAAAAUCGAACACACAGCAACGAGAAACCUUACGUUUGUAAAGCCCCCGGUUGCACGAAACGGUACACGGACCCCAGCUCGCUGCGCAAACACGUCAAAACCGUGCACGGCGCAGAAUUCUACGCCAGCAAGAAGCACAAAGGGGCCGAACAGGGCCCAGAUGAUGGACAUGCAGGCCUGGACGCUAGUCCUAGAAGCGAAGACAUGCACAGUCACAAAACGGCAAGUUUGAGCAGUCCCAGCAUCAAAUCAGAGUCGGAUGUCAACUCGCCAGGGCACCAACAGCAGGGUAGUCCAUUGGGAGCCACCCAAUUAGCAGGCCACGGCGGCUUCCACGAGGACAUCUCCACCGACCUGGCGCCCCCCCUCCAAACCCUCGAGGACCCCCCCUGGGCCCGCGACGCCGAGGACCUGGAGAUCGACGAGCUGCCCGUCGUGCUGCGGGCCAUGGUGGGGCUGGGCGGGGCCGGAGGGGCCGUCACGUUGGCCGAGCGGACGCCCAGGGUGCGCGUGAAGCCCCUGGCGCGGGGGAAACCCACGAGCAUCCCGGCGCCCACGCAGAGGAAGAACAUGGCGGACUUGAACAGGCGGAUAACGGAUCUGAAGAUGGAAGGUGGGGUAACGGUCAAUGUUCCCUCCAAAACGCAGCUCACCGACCUGCAGCAGCGGCUGCAACCAGCCGCAUCCACCCCUUCCCAGAUCCUUCGCAGAGACAGCAACUCGACAGUCAGCUCGUACUACGGCAGCAUGCGUAGCGCAGACGCCAGCAGGAAAAGCAGUCUGGCUUCGCAAGCUUCGAGCAUGCGUCCCACCCCACCAGCAGCGCCGGGAAGCUUCUACGACCCCAUAUCCGCCGGAAGCUCGCGACGAUCCAGCCAGCUGUCAACGGCUACGACAGGUGGCACCUGCAUCGUCCCGCCUUCCCACCUGUUGGCUGGACAGCUUCAAAGGCUGCAGAGCUCCCCAGGUGCGGUGCACAGCAAUCUAGUGCUGCAGACACAAAACGCCUCCCUCCAACAAACUGCCCUUCAGCAAACCUGGCUGUCAUCCACGCUGUCCAACAUCCACUCAACAACCACCAGUACCGAAGCGCGCAGAAUGUCGGAACCGUGUCAUACGAUGACGGAUAGAAAGAGCCCCCCGCCGCGACCAGCUUCAGUCUCCUUGUCACCUCUCAAAGGCACCUCGGACUCCACGGACCUUCACCCCAACCAAGCGGUGGUGUUAGACGAGGUAGGAGAGGGAGAAAUGGUGGAAAACAAGCUGGUCAUUCCCGACGAGAUGGUGCGAUAUCUGAACCAAGUGGCCGAUAAUCACCAAACAGCCAUGAGCUGGUCGGACGGCAACCAGAAGCCUCUGGGAAGCCCCUCCCAGAUGGUACCAUCGCCAUCCACCUUCCCAACCUUACCAUCUCCACAGAAUAUGUCACCUUCCAACAUCAGCCAGAUCAUACCGUCUCCUAGUAGCCUCAACCAGAUGAUCCACUCGCCUUCGAAUUUGAACCAAAUGAUGCCUUCACCAGCUUCGAACGUGAACCAAAUGAUGCAUUCGCCAGUUUCCAAUCAUCUGAAUCAGAUGUUGCCAUCGCCAGCUUCGAAUUUGAAUCAAAUGAUGCCCUCUCCAGCUUCCAACGUGAACCAAAUGAUGCACUCCCCAGCUUCGAACCAUAUCAACCAGAUGUUGCCUUCUCCAGCUUCAAACAUGACUCAGAUGAUGCCAUCACCGGCUUCCUUGAACCAGAUGUUGCCUUCUCCUGUUUCAAACAUGAACCAAAUGAUGCCUUCUCCAGCUUCAAACAUGAACCAAAUGAUGUCUUCACCGGCAUCGAACAUGAACCACAUGAUGCCUUCUCCAGCUUCGAACAUGAACCACAUGAUGCCUUCUCCGGCUCCGAACAUGAACCAGAUGAUGCAUUCCCCAGCUUCGAACCACAAUUACCCAUCAUCGAAUUACGGGGGAAUGAUGAACCAAAUGCCGUCGAGAUGUCACUCUCAGAUGACGCAGAGCGUGCAAAGCUGCAACAUGAACGUCAACAAUUGCUAUGGCAGACAGAUGAACCACGGUCGAUGUUUCAACAUGCAGCACUGGGAUGGCUGCGGCUGUCAGCAGGAGAACCACAUGUGUCGAAACGCCGGUUACGCCCAGAACCACUUCUGCGGCAAUCGUGGCGGUUACAACCAAUACAGCUGCAGCAGCUUCCAGCCCGGCUACAAUAAUUGCGUGCCCGAAGCUUUGCAGUCACCUGCUAUAGCUACCCCGGCACCGAGCGAGGUUAUGAAUCAUCCCCAGCAAGCGCAGAUGACGCGACCUUGUACGCAUUACGCGCAGGCGUGUUACCCCACUCCCCCUUACACCAACCAAUGCGUGCCUCAGCCUCAGCCUCAACAGGGCUGCAACAACUGCCAAAACUGCAGGAAGAGCUUCAAUCAGUGCCCCAAUGGCGAGAUACAGUGCAAGGACAUAAGCCAAUCGCAAAUGUCACCUGGUAUUGUGAAUAGUAACGUUAACGGCAACGUUAACGGCAACGUUAACGGCAACGUUAACGGCAACGUUAACGGCAACGUUAAUGGUAAUACUGUUGUUAAUGGUACCACUAUGUUAGGUAUGCGGCAAGAUACGUAUCAGAGGACUUUGGAGUACGUUCAAAAUUGUCAAUCGUGGGUGAAUAAUUCGGAGACGGUUAGCAGUAGUACGCAUCCUUUGAAGGGUGCCGACAAGGCUAGUUCGAAUAUGGUGGUGAACGAUAUGACGUCAUCGUUGAGUUCGCUAUUGGAGGAGAACAGGUUUCUGCAGAUGAUCCAGUAGCUUGGAUUGGUGUACAAAUUAUAUUUAUAGUGUAUAAAAUGUAUAUUUUGUGAUAUGUAAAUUGUUAACGCAAUAUUUGAAUUAUAAAAAGGCUUUAACGUUUUAUUGUAUAUGAGAAAAUUUUAUUGAAGGAAUUUUGUAUAACAAGUUUUUCUAUUUAUAUUAUUUUGUGAGGGGUCUGUCUUAUGAUCUCAGGAUACUUUAAGGCCACAUACUGCCAUUUUUGUAUAUCUUACACAAUUAUAUAUCAUUAGGAGUUUUUAUUUUGUACAUAAACAAUUUUUAUGUUAUAAUUGCAAUGGAGAUAUAUUUAAUAAAUAUUAUGCUU